AUGCGUCCCGUCGACGUUACCCCCGUGAUCGCAGAUAGACACUUAACCGCGGUUUACAAUCGCGUAAAGAUUGCCGCACUCGCGCGAUACAAAGUGCGUGAUUCGGUACGCGUGAGCAAAUUCAAGACAGUCUUUGAUAAGGGAUACACGCCGAAUUGGGCUACGGAGGUCUUUAAAAUUAUCAAAGUGCAGCAAACUAAUCCAGUGACGUAUCUAUUGGAAGUUUCUCGGGGGGAGUCUAUCGCUGGAGGCUUCUACGAAUAUGAAUUGCAUCGCGACGCUAAUCCCGACGUGCAUCUCGUCAAAAAGGUGUUGCGCAAGAGAGGGAACGAGGUUUACGUGAAAUGGUUGGGAUUUUAUAAUUCGCACAAUUCGUGGAUACAUAAAGACAAUAUGUUGUAA